AUGGACCGCUCUACGGCUAACUCAGACACACCAGAGCUCACGUCGGCUGGCGGUGGUAGCGAUUGGAACAACAGUGACUGCGGCAAGGACAAUAAGGCUGGUGUCGGCAUCAAGCUCGAUGAUGAUGGGAGGAUGAGAACGCUGAGUUCGGAGUGCGCUCUGAAUAUUCAAAGUCCCUUGGCCAACCCAGACAAACAUUCAGUGUGCCAAUGCUGA